GCUGGGUUGACGUCGCGCCAACCCCAAUCUCCAACCAACAAUCGCAUUGUCGAGCCUCACUCAAACACACAACAAAGCUUCAUUGUGCUUCCUCUCCCAUUGGGCCUCUCAGCCACUGUCUCGCCUCCUUCAUUUCUUGUCUUGCUUGUCCUGCGCCUGCCAUGCCUCCCUUUCUUCUGAACAUACUUUCCAGCAAUUUCUGAACUUGUUUCUGACCCGGACAACAUCGUUUACACCAUCUGCUUUUACUCGUCACCGCCCAUCGGGAGAAGGAGAGAGAAAAUAAGGCAAAGAAAGAGAGAACGCCAUGGUCGGAGCAGGAGAGAAGGGCCUCGCCAGCUCGAGGUGGGCGCCCAUCAACACCGGCCACCCACCCUACUACUGGACGUCCAAUAAGUUCAGACACCCCGCCUCGUCCUCGUCCGCGACCGCGACCGCAACACACACGACCACAACGACGACAACAUCAACAUCAACCACACGCACCCACCAGCACCCACACCACCAGCGCCCGCCGCCAACGAGCACAGCACCAAUCACCACCCCCUCUCACACCUCCCCCACCACUACCACAACCAACGGCACGACAUACCCACGCAGCAACCACCCCUACGAGCCCGACGCCUCGUCCCUCACCCGCGUCCCCACCCCCUGGUCCGAGCUGAGCCGCUUCAUGAAGAUAGCCCGCCGCAUGCGCUGGAAGCUGCCCUUCCUGGGCCAGGCCUACCGCGCCGCCACCGACCGCGACCUCAACACCCCCGACGACCGCGCCGAGGCCGAGCUCAUGUUCAAGCUCGACUUCUUCGAGUACUACAUGCUCCUCGAGCGCGCCCUGGUCCACCUGAUGGGCGUGUUCGGCGUCAGGAUCACGGGGGCGUUCGGGGGGACAACAAGGCCGGGCAGCAGGACCCCCAACGGGAACGGCAGCGGCAACGGCAGCCGGGGCGGGACCCCACGGCCGCCCCACGCCCAGGGCGACCACCGCUUCCACGCAAACGUCCUCGAAGCCCUCGACGACCCGCGCAACCCCCUCCACCCGGUCCUCGGCGCCAGCAGCAGCAGCGGCGGCGACGAAGGCCUCGACGACCACCCCGAGGGCGACGCGCGGUACGCCCUCGCGCGCGCCAAGGAGCUCCGCAACAGGUGGAAGAACGCCGACGAGCCCGCCUCCUCUGGGCCCUCCGCCGUGGCCCGCCCGCUCGAGGACUAUGAUCUGGAGCGGAUCCUCGAGUCCAUCUUCGCCGGCCUCGAGGGCGCCUACGUCAUCGCGGAGCGGUACGUGGCCGGCGUGCGGGCGCUGGCUGCCGAGCGCGGGGUGCUUAUCCCCGGCGGUGUUGGUGUUGGUGGGCCGGGAGCCGCGACGCCACCGAUGGAGAAUGGGUAUGGUGCUGGUGCUGGUGGUGGAGGGGAGGAAGAGGCGCAGUGGGAGUUCAUGGUUGAUGCCAUGGACUGGGAGGCCGUGUGAGCUAGCUGCCUGCCCGGCCGGCCGACCACGGCUACAGCUCCCGGUUCAGCUAGGAGGCGAGCCGGGGCGGGGCGGGGCCGUGGAAGCACUCUGUAUCCUCAUUGGGUCGGUGGGUGGUGUUGUGCUUGUUUACCUCACUGUGGUCUUUUUUUUUUGUUUCCCUCUCAAAAAGCAGGCAUGAGUACUUGGGAAUGCAGCAACGGCAUGGCGUUCAAUGACCUGGGAAGAAGGGAGGGAGGGGAAUUUGGAAUUUGGCUGGCUGGCUCUUGAUUGGCGUCUGGCUAGACGGAUACCCUGCGGCUAGCCCCCCUACGACCAAGGCGCACAGCCUAGGUACUUAGCUAGCAUCUGUUUCUUCUUCACGCGUAGAUGGAUAGAAUCACCUAGAUACCCUACAAUGCAUCACCAGCCCGCGAGGCACGCGUACACUUACA